CAUAUAUGCAAGUAAGAAUUGGAGCAUCUUUCCAAUUUUAUCAUAUUUGUUUGUCGAAACUUAUUGAAUCUUUGGAGAAAGAGAACCAUGAUGAGAAGGGAGAGAUCAUCAACUUUUCUUGUUUCUGUGUUGAUCUUCCUGUUCAUCGGUGAAAUUCAAGCAACAAAGCUUCAAAAAAAUUGCUCUACUUCAUGUGGAGACAUCAAUAACAUAAGGUAUCCUUUUGGCCUCAAGGACGAUCCAGCAAUUUGUGGUGAUACCAACUUCCAACUUUCAUGCCAAAGCAACAAAACCAUCCUGGAAUUUCCUUCCGCUGGAAGGUACUAUGUGAAGGAGAUUUCAUAUAAAGAAAAUAUAAUCAGAGUUGUCGAUGUUAACUUAGGCACUGGAACCUGCCGUCUUCCCAGUGGAUCUCUGUCAGAGGAGGAUAAACGGAACCUGCCGUCUUCCCAGUUGAUCUCUGUCAGAGGACUAGACUAUUUUGGUGAAUCAGAUCAUAAUAUGAUGCUACAAGUCGACGGUUCCUACUGUUAUGCUACAUUUUCCCGGUGCUCUCAGAGGAUUAAUGACACGCGCUUUACAGCAAUUCCCUGCUUGAGUGAAAAUCAAUCUUAUUUUUAUGUUAGUAUUGAUAUGAGAUAUCAGUAUCCGUUUUGCUCGUCAGAAGCAGUUACUCCUAUUUUAUGCUGGUCUGAGUAUGAGCUGAUGAGUAAUAAGGUUCCAUAUGAAACCAUCAGCGAGAGUCUGCAGUCAGGUUUCAAUCUGACAUGGUACUUUGAUGAUGCUUGCCGCUUAACAGUAGGGACAGAAAUAUAUUAUUAUUCUUGCAGAAAAUUAGAUUUUAAAACUCGAUUGUAUGAUUUCAUUCAGUCCUUGUGGGAAAAUAUAUAUUAUCUACUCUAUGAAAGCAUUUUGUGGCCGUGUGACAGGUUCGCGGCAUAUAAAUCAGAUUUCAUGAAUGGGUAUAUGAACAUGGGAUACCUCAUUGGAGAGCUUCUUCAGGCGGUGGUUCGAGUUGUUCUUAUUUGCAGAUUUAUUGGUGCUCCAAUAGUAUUAAUCGUGUACCUCAUCUGCAAAUAUAGAAAAACAAGACAGACAGUUGAUAAUGUGGAGAAAUUUCUGCACAAUCAGCAGUCCUGGAUGCCUAAAAGGUAUGCAUAUGCAGAGCUAGUAGCCGUGACAAACAAUUUUAAAGAAAAACUGGGUCAAGGUGGGUUUGGAUCGGUUUACAGAGGACAACUUCAUAAUGGUUCCUUAAUUGCAGUCAAAAUGCUAGAAAAUUCUAAGUUUAGUGCAGAAGAAUUCAUCAAUGAAGUUUCCACAAUUGGUAGAAUUCACCACGUUAAUAUAGUGCAAUUAGUUGGAUUCUCUUCAGAAGAGUCUAAACGUGCUCUUGUGUAUGAGUAUAUGCCGAAUGGAUCUCUCGACAAGCAAAUAUUUUCCAAGCCCGGCAAAUCUCUAUCAUUUAGUUGGGAAAAGCUAUGUGAAAUUGCUCUUGCAAUUGCUCGUGGAAUAGAGUAUCUGCAUAGGGGAUGUGAUGUAUGCAUUCUUCAUUUUGACAUUAAGCCUCACAAUAUCUUGCUAGACCAAAAUUUCACCCCAAAAGUCUCUGAUUUCGGGCUUGCAAAAUUUUACCCAAAGGAAAAUGAUUUUGUGUCUGUUAGUGCUACAAAAGGAACGAUAGGAUACAUAGCUCCUGAAUUGAUUUCAAGGAAUUUCGGAAAGGUUUCUAACAAGUCAGAUGUCUAUAGCUUUGGAAUGCUACUGCUGGAAAUGGUUGGAGGCAGAAAAAAUUCUGAUAUGAGAGUAACUGAUUCAAGCAAAGCCUACUUCCCCUCAUGGGUAUAUGAUCAAAUCAAUAUUGGUGAGGAUUUAGAGCUUCAACAUGUCACUGAACAUGAAAUGGUGAUUGCCAAAAAACUUUGUCUAAUUGGGUUAUGGUGCAUACAAGUUAAGCCUUCAGAUCGUCCCUCAAUUACAAAAGUUAUUGAAAUGUUAGAAGGAAAUAUUGACAACUUACAAUUGCCUCCAAAACCCUUUUUUUCUUCUUCUUCUCCUGAGAAUGUCUCUAUAAAAGUGAUUCAAUCAAACUAUUCAACCGAUUGGUCAUUAUCUGAAUCAACAGAAGAAUACUCAUGCAAAAUUAAUGUAGCUUAAUUAGUUGUUGCAAUGAUGUGUAGAGGUAAAAUAAAACCUACGUUUGUUUGUAAUAUGGUCAUGUAGGCUUGUACUCUGGUUGUGUGAGUUUCUGAAAUUCAUGAUAUGGUUUGGAUGACUA